CCCCAACAACCUGAAACCAUGAAACGUCAAUCUUCCUCUUUAACCGAUGGAGGAGCUAAUCAACAGAAUAUUAAUAAAAUUACGACAGAAAUGUUCGGCAAAGUUGCCGAAUAUUUAAAAGGAGAAAUAUUAGCAACGGUCGAAGACUUCAAGCUUUUAGAGAAUAUGAACAAUGUCACGCGAGAUCAUUAUAAAGAAAUGUCUGGAAUGGCACAGAAUUUAGUUGUGGAAAUGGCCAAACUUCAAAGGAUUUACACUGAUAUCGAACCAUACAUUCAGCAAAUCGAUGAAGUAUGUGAGCAAGUUGAUUUCCUGGAAAAAGUUACAAGUGAAUUGGAUGACUACUCUAAAGAAUUGG